CGCCUCUCUUCAUAUUUUUCCUACAAUUUAUGUCUAAAACCAAAACUAACCGACCCGCUACCUGUACGAUAACUCCGUUUCUUUCCUUCAUUCCACAACAUCUGUAAGUAAUGUUCCGCAACGCUCUGUCGGCGGUGACCCGCCCUGCUCUUCAGCAGUCGCGAACUAUAACCACUCUUUCGGCUGGUUUUCCAAAAGUCACGCAAAGACUACCGACCAAGUACGGCGGCGUAUAUACGGUUACCCUCAUACCCGGUGACGGUAUUGGCGGUGAAAUCACAGACUCUGUCAAGGAGAUCUUCGAGCAUGUAAAUGCGCCCAUCGAGUGGGAGCAGUAUGAUGUCUCCGGCGUAUCUUCAGCAGGGGAGGAUCUUUUCAAGCAGGCAAUGGAAAGUCUCAAGCGCAAUAGAGUUGGUCUCAAGGGUAUUCUCUUCACGCCAAUCUCUCAAACCGGUCAUAUUUCAUGGAACGUCGCCAUGCGUCAACAACUCGACAUUUAUGCAUCUGUUGUGAUGUGCAAGUCUCUCCCUGGAUUCCCUACACGCCACUCCAACGUCGACUUUGCUAUUAUUCGUGAAAACACCGAGGGUGAAUACUCUGGCUUGGAGCACCAGAGUUACCCUGGUGUAGUGGAAAGUCUGAAGGUUUCCACAAGGGCCAAGGCGGAGCGUAUUACGCGCUUCGCUUUUGACUUUGCCCUCAAGAACAACCGCAAGAAAGUGACUUGUGUGCACAAGGCCAACAUCAUGAAGCUUGGUGAUGGUCUAUUCUUGAACACCUUCCGUCGAAUUGCGGAGGAGUACAAAUCUCUAGGCAUCGUGUCUAAUGAUAUGAUUAUCGACAACACAUCCAUGCAACUGGUAGCCAAACCUGGCCAGUUCGAUGUCAUGGUCAUGCCCAAUUUGUACGGUGCCAUCAUUUCCAACAUUGGGGCCGCACUUGUCGGCGGACCUGGUAUUGUUCCAGGAUGCAACAUCGGCCGUGACUAUGCUCUCUUCGAGCCUGGAUGUAGACACGUUGCUUCAGACAUCAUGGGCACCAACCGUGCCAACCCUACUGCUAUGGUUUUGAGUGCCACCAUGAUGCUCAGACAUCUUGGUCUCGAUUCCAUCGCCAACAGUAUUGCAAGCGCGACCUUCGAUGUCAUUAACGCCGGAGAGGUUAGGACUGCAGAUAUGGGUGGUGCGGCAACGACAUCGGAAUUCACCAAUGCUAUCAUCAAAAAACUUUAAGUUGUCUUCGUAAUCUUUGUACUACGCAACAGGUGCGGGACGCGGGGUCGACUGACAAUAUGCUGUAUAGAUGUGGCACUAGAUGUAGAUAGGCUUCGCAGCCGUCACGUACGAUUUUCAGAACACUCAUUUAUGCUAUGAACGGUGCAUUAAUGGAUCAUAUUCAUGGCUGUUAUAUAGU